UUAAAUGUUUUUGUUCUUGAGAGGAAGUCAAAGCUUUUCACAGUUGAGAAGGAUGUCCAUCAAAGCAGCUCUCAUUGAUCUCAGUGGCACCUUGCACGUGGAAGAUGAGCCUACUCCCAAUGCUGUUGAGUCUUUAAAAAGGUUGCGUGGUUCUGGAGUUGCUGUGAAAUUUGUAACGAAUACCACUAAGGACUCAAAGGCAGCUCUUCACGAAAGGCUCUGCAAGAUAGGUUUCGAGCUGGAUCGCUCGGAAAUAUACAGUUCAUUGAGCGCAGCAGUCUCAUAUGUGGAGAAUGAGAAACUAAAUCCUUAUUAUAUCUUAUCCGACGAUGCACGAACGGAUUUUCCUCCGGAGGAUACCAAACGCUAUCAGGAUUCAGUUUUAAUUGGCCUUGCACCCAAGGCUUUUAACUAUGAUAAGCUAAACGAGGCUUUUAAUGUUCUUCUGGAGAACAAGAAUCACAAACUAGUAGCUGUGCACCAGGGUAAAUACUACAAGCGUGCCGAAGGCUUGGCUUUGGGUCCAGGAUGCUUUGUCAAGGGUCUGGAGUUUGCCACUGGACGUACAGCCAAGGUGAUUGGCAAGCCUAAUCCGUACUUUUUCGAAGGUGCUCUGGCUGGGCGAGAUCCCUCCUCCUGCGUUAUGAUAGGAGAUGACGCCAAUGAUGACAUUGUAGGCGCUAUGAGCGUAGGCAUGCAGGGAAUUCUGGUCAAGACCGGCAAAUAUUUGCCAGAUGUACAGCCAUCGCCUCCACCAACAGCUUUGGUGGAAAACUUUGCCGAGGCAGUAGAUUGGAUAAUACAAAAAAACAAAUCUUAAACUCAAAAUACUACAAUAGUAGUAAUCGAUGAUUUUUUGUAUUAUUCAUUAAGGAAUUAGUAGUGUUUGUCAAACAAAAAAAUGUGCAUAAUAGUUGUUUUUCAAAAACAAAAACAAGAACUAUAAGCCAGCGUAUUCUUGUUUAAGCUUUCCUUCCGUUCAAGCCAAAUAAAAAUAUUUAUGAUAAGUGUA